AUCUCUGCAAAAUGUUAUCAUAAAGUUUUCGAUCGAUGAAGAAAAAAAGAGAUUCAAAUGCAUUCGGAGUACAUGGGUAAAAAACAAACUUGCCAGCUGCCAGUCAAUUAAUCACCUCACAGCGCAACGCGUCGAACGAUCACGCAUACUCGCAUCAAAAUCAAACUGAGAUACUUUAACUUGUUGUACGGAUUUUUAAAUUAUUAAACAUUGCGGGGUUUUUCUAUAACAUACAAAAUACAAUCCUCUACUUACUGUUACUUUCCAUAAAUUGCAACUAUAACGUACCAAAUUCAUUCAUUAAGCGAAGUAGAGCAUAAUGUUAAUUCAACCAGCACAAUUCCUUCAAUUGAUAUUAGUGGCCUUAUGUUUGUCUUCAAUAUCAAUGCAUCCAGCGAUUCGGAAAGAUUCAAGAAAUUUGCAAUCAGUAGUUGAUUACUCAACAGAUACAAAAAGCCAUACACUACCUGAUGCAGCCACUACAAUUGAGCAGGUUCAAAAAAUUCUUCAAGCUGAUCCAUCUUUACCCAGAUUAACAAAAGGUGAAAUUGAAGAUUUAUUUGAACAAGUAACAAGAGAAGAAUAUGAAAAAAGCCUUCAGGUUGGUGAUGUUCAGAGGGCCAACAACAUGCGAGCCCUCAUGUUAGUCCUACCAUACAAUACCGAAAACACAACAGAUGAAGUUCUACAAGAACUCUAUACACGUCCACCGAUAACAAAAGUAAUUGAAUCAUAUUCCUCCCCACAGCCACAAAAAUUCCAAUCUUCAGCAUCUACUACUUCUGGUAAGGUAGAAAUAAUUGAAAUUGGUAAUUUAGCUGCUACAACAUACAAGCCAAAUUUUCAAAUAAAGGAAAAGAUCAAUGCCAAGCCAACAACCUAUCAUCCUCCAAGGCCGGUUUUCAAGCCUAUUCAAAAAUCGCCUGAUGCAUCAGCGGUCCCUGUGACGAGCCUACCUCUGUUGCCUGAUAUAGAAGAAGAGGAAAAUAAAGUACCUCGCUACAGUAGCUCCUACAGUGCAAGGAAUCCUGAUUGGUCCCUAUUGGAAGGAGAAUUCAAUAACCGCAUAAACUUCAACCAAAAAUUUCAACCCAUGCCUGACUUGGCUGGAAUUUUCAAAACGAUGGGCUUAGACCAAGAUUCUAAGAACUAUCAAUUAAAUGAGUAUCAAACAAUUGCCAAACCAUCAAUUUCAAGCAACAUACGACAGACUAGUCUAGGAAACAUCGAUAUUACUGAUUUUACUCGAACACUUCCACCCCGUCCACACCUAGAAGCUUAUAGUGAAUUUAAGCCACUUAAUAUUGGAGAAGAAAUUCGCGUUCAACCCGAUAUUGAAGACUAUUUGAACCGUUUUGGCAUCGUCAAUAGAAAACGUAAGCAAAUCAAACCAGAGGAUGUGGGUGACAGCAAAAACGAUAAAAAAGCUGUAACAAUUAAAGAACAAGCCAUAAGGAGAAUCGAUACUGACAUUGAGGAUCCAGAGCCUAAAACAAACAACGAGGAUCAACUUAAUAAGCUACUGAACAACCUGCAGGAAUUGGAACGUUUAAAUGUAAGUCUAGCAUCCAAUAUGCUCAAAUCCAUUCAGACUAGCAAUUCAAGCAGUGUAGUCUUGGGAGAAGGCCCCGAUCCCAUUGCCGCCGAUGAAGAAUCACGAAAAAAUGAUUUGAAACGUCAAAGUGCAGAUGAAUCAUCAACUGCUGAAACAACUCUAGAAGCCUCUUCAACAUCUCCUACCACUGACGAUGAAGACGAAACACCAACCGACGAACCAAAAAAUGGAUCAUUGGCCGAUUUAGAAGAUUCAUUUGGAGGACCAGAUCCAAUUACGGAAGAUCCAUCCCCACCACCAAAGAAAAACGGCUUUUACUUUCUAGCCGAUUGGAAUUCAUUCCUCGAAGUUGGAGAAGAGGGUAAUGAUCAAGUUGUGGUUAGGUUUAAUCCUAAAAUUGGUGACCCAAGACGAUUUUUAAAAGUGACCGUGCCGUAGAUAAAAAUAUUAUAAUUGAACCAUUGUGAUGUGAGGUAUUUAUUUUGUUUGUAAAUAUUGUCGUCCCAUUUAGUUUUAUUAAAUAGAAUAAACUGCAUAAUGUAAAUAAACACCGAAACUAGUAAAGAUAACAUAAAAAUCGACUACUCUAUCCCCAAGUAAUAUUUAGCUUUCUAUAAGAAGCCUAGAAAUUAUUAAAGUUAUUAAUCAGUUUGUAUAACUUAAUUUGAAACCGUUUGCGUUCAAAUAAUAGAAAAUUGUUCAUAUACAAUUCUUAAGAGGGUAUAAAAGAGAUGUAAAAUCUUAAAGCAACUAUUUAUUAGGGGCUAAAUAUAAGAAAUCUUCGUCGUAAGAUCUUACAAUUGCAGAAAUUGUCCAAAAUUAUAGGACAAGUUAACAAACACCUUCCAAAAUAUGUUUGAUUUAAAUAAACAUUUUACAUUAAAAAAAAAAGAAAACCCUGUAGAAUAUAAAAUAUGGUAUGAAAAUUUAAAAUAUUAAAACUUAAACUUAAUAUUGCUAGAUUAUAAGAAUAUUGUUAUUGUAGUGUUUAACGGAUUUGUAAA